GCUCCUGCCAGGGGAACUCUGUUGAGAGGAAGAUCUAUAUCCCCCUGAACAAAACGGCACCGUGCGUUCGCCUCCUGAAUGCCACCCACCAGAUCGGCUGCCAGUCCUCUAUCAGCGGAGAUACGGGGGUGAUCCAUGUGGUUGAGAAGGAGGAGGACCUGAACUGGGUGCUUACUGAUGGCCCACACCCACCCUACAUGAUACUGCUAGAUGGAAACCUCUUCAACAGGAGGGUAAUGCUGCAGCUGAAGGGAACCUCACGAGUGUCGGGCCUUGCUGUGGCUGUUGCCAAGCCUAGCCCUCCCCAGGGAUUCUCUCCUGGUUUGAAGUGCCCCAAUGAUGGGUUUGGUGUCUAUUCCAAAGAUUAUGGCCCUCAGUUUGCACACUGCAAUAAGACUGUGUGGAAUCCUGUGGGGAGUGGGCUUUCAUAUGAGGAUUUUGACUUCCCUAUUUUUCUCCUUGAAGAUGCCAAUGAGACACAAGUUAUUAAGCAGUGUUAUCAAGACCAUAAUGUCCCUCGUGAUGGAUCUGGCCCUGAGUACCCCCUGUGUGCCAUGCAGCUUUUUUCCCACAUGCAUGCUGUCACCAGCACUGUUACCUGCAUGAGACGCAGCUCCCUCCAAAGCACCUUCAGCAUUAAUCCAGAGGUUGUAUGUGAUCCUCUUCUUGAUUACAAUGUGUGGAGCACCUUGCAACCUAUCAAUUCCUCUGGAAAAGUCAAUCCUGAGAAGGAAGUUAUUAUUGUGGCUACACGAAUUGACAGCCAUUCCUUCUUCUGGAACAUUGCACCUGGGGCAGAGAGUGCUGUCUCUUCUUUUGUGACCCACUUGGCUGCUGCUGAAGCCCUUCGUAAAGUGUCAGAUGUCCAUUUGCUGCAGAGGAAUAUAAUGUUCACCUUCUUCCAAGGGGAGACCUUUGAUUACAUUGGCAGUUCACGAAUGGUGUAUGAUAUGGAAAAAGACAAGUUUCCUCUCCGCUUGGACAAUAUUCAUUCAUUUGUGGAAUUGAAUCAGGUGGCUCUAAGGAAUGACUCAAUUUUAUGGAUGCAUACAGACCCCGUGUCUCGGAUGAAUGAAUCUGUUGAAGUGCAGGUUAGAAACUUGCUAGAUAUUCUGAGUAAUAGCAGCAUGGGAGCAAAUGUGACUUUGCAAGAAGCUGGAUUUUCGCAGCCUCUUCCUCCAUCUUCCUUCCAGCGCUUCCUUCGGGCCCGGCACAUCCCUGGAGUGGUCAUAACUGACCACAGGACUGCCUUCCAGAACAGAUACUACCAGAGCAUGUACGACACUCCAGAGAACAUCCGGAUGCAAUACCCCGAGGGGCUUAGCCCUGAGGAAACCUUGGAGUAUGUUACAGACACAGCCAAGUCCCUGGCAGAAGUUGCCACAGUGGUCGCCCGUGCUCUCUACCGGCUUGCGGGGGGAGCCAACAACACCUCUGCUAUUCAGGCAGAUCCAAAAACGGUCUCUCGAAUGCUGUAUGGGUUUCUGAUUAAAAUGAACAAUUCCUGGUUUCAGUCCAUCAUUAAACCAGACAUAAAAGGAAUUUUGGGUGAUGUUCCCCAACAUUACGUCGCCGUUUCCAGCCCUGUGAACACUACCUAUCUUGUCCAGUAUGUCCUGGCCAACCUCACGGGCACUGUUGUUAACCUCACCAAGGAAGAGUGUCUGAACCCUGAAAAAACACCCAGCAGUGAGAAAGAAAUGUAUGAAUAUGCCUGGGUGCAGGGUUCCCUGGACCCUAACUCAACAUCACGAGUCCCUUACUGUGUUCGGUCAACUGUUCACCUAAGCAAAGCACUCUCUCCUGCCUUUGAGCUGAGACAAUGGGGAUCUACAGAGUACUCCACAUGGACAGAGAGUAGGUGGAAAGAGAUCCGUGCCCGAAUAUUUCUGGUAGCCAGCAAGGAGCUAGAGAUAAUCACUUUGGUUGUGGGCAUUGCCAUUCUGAUCUUCUCUCUCCUCGCCACGUAUUUUAUCAACGCCAAAGCGGAUGUACUUUUUAGCAUCCCGCGGGACCCUGGGGCCGUGGCUUACUGAAGAUGCUCUUGGGGCUUGAGAAGUCUUAGCCCUUGGAUUACAGUUGUCAAAGAUAAAACUACACUGGAAUGCCCCUCUCUCUGGAUAGGGAUGCAAAUGGUUCUCUCCAGAGCUUCUGUGCUCGGGUUCUGAGGACUGAGCCCUAAAAUGUAAGAGACUUUCCCAGAAAACCGUGCCGGCCAAGCCCUAAUGAAACUGUGACUGAGAAGUUCCCAAAGCCUUUCUUUUUAAUUUGUCCUUACUUCUGAGCAACUUGAGAGGAUUGGUCCUGAAUGCCACUGAGACGACAAUGUGAUGAAUGUGUUCCCUAAAUGAAGGCAAGGGUGGAAAGGGUAAAGGUAUUUUCUCUGGGAUGUAUGUGGACCAGCAGAUUUCCAUGGUGUCUGACAGCACAGGUUGCUUCUUAAUGUCCAACAGUUGCUGUGAAUCUGUGUAUACUACAAUGCAGGGAGGGCAAGGUGUGUUUAACAGGUGAUUAGAUGUAAAAUGUGCUUUUUUUAAUGGUGCAAUA